GAUGCCUUCUACUGCAGAUCAACUACCUGAUCCAGACCCAACUCUCGUCCAGCAUGUCUUUCAGCAGCAAAUUGUACGGCCAGAGCACCAUGAGUGUGUACGGAGGGGCAGGCGGCCGUGGCACACGCAUCUCCUCGUCCCAGCAGAACUACGGACAGUCUUCCGGAGGCUUCCACCUGGCUGACGGCCUGGACCUCCACGUCGGGGCGAACGAGAAGGCCACCAUGCAGAACCUGAACGACCGCCUGGCCACCUACCUGGACAAGGUGCGCACCCUGGAGAAGGAGAACGACCGACUCGAGAAGCAAAUCAGAGAUUGGUACCAGAGCAAAACGGUCGUCAGCCACGACUACACCAGCUACUUCGCCAUCAUCAAAGACCUGAAGGAAAAGAUUUGUGUUGCCUCUAGGCUUAAUGCCAAGACAAUCCUGGACAUUGACAAUGCAAAACUGGCUGCCGACGAUUUCAAAAUGAAGUAUGAAAACGAGUUGGCCAUGAGGUUGGCUGUGGAGGCGGACAUCGCUGGACUGAAAAGAGUCCUGGAUGAGAUGAACUAUGCCAGAAUGGACCUUGAGAGCCAGUGUGAAGCCCUAAAUGAAGACCUCAUCCUGCUCAAGAAGAAUCACCAAGAGGAGCUGAUCCUGCUGAAGAAUCAGAUGAGCGGACAGGUCAAUGUGGCCGUGGACGCUUCUCCCUCUCCAGACCUGAACAAGGUUAUGUCAGAGAUUAGGGAACACUACGAGAGUAUGAUCAGCAAGAACAGCAAGGAGCUUGAGGCGUGGUACCAGAACAAGAUCACAUCGGUGGAGCAGGACGUGAUCACUCACACAGAGAUUCUGUCGACAUCGCGCACAGAGAUUAAAGACCUGAAGAGCACCCUCCAGAGGCUUAAGAUUGAACUGCAGUCCAGUCUCAGCAUGAAAGGCUCUCUGGAGGGCACCCUGCAAGAGACGCAGGCGCGUUACGCUGCACAGCUGGCAAACCUCCAGAAUACGGUCACGAGCCUGGAGGCUCAGCUGUCCCAGCUCCACGCCAACAUCGCCAGCAACAAGCAGGAGUACGACAUGCUGCUGGACCUCAAGACUCGGCUGGAGAUGGAGAUUGCGGAGUACAGAAGGUUGCUGGAUGGGGAGGAUGACAGCUCAAAACAAAUUGUCACAAAAACCAUCACAGUGGUGCAAACAGUUGUCGAUGGAAGGGUGGUCGAGAGCAGCAAGACUGUUGGUGUGGAUGUGGAUGAGAUUAAGUGAUGCACUAGAUGGAUUAUUGAAAAUCAAUAAAGAUCAAAAAGUGAAAUUGAA